AAGAACACUCGCCUCAGUACUCUGGACGUGCCGUCACACGAUCCUGGAACCGCAGGACCAGUUCCAGCACCUCUCCAUUCUGGUGGUAAGGUUUCCAUCCGUGUUACAAGGAAAACAAAAUUCUGCAAUUUACUAGACUAGUAACGCCAUGACUGACUCUCGAGUACCAAUAAGACAAUGUACAGGACUACGUAGUGCUACAGCUUGUGUUAAACGGUCCUGUUGUCCUUACUACAAUACACACAAACAGGCCCCAGUUUUUUUUUAAAUAGUUGGAUAGCGCUAUCCACCGGAAAAGUCAAGAUAAGUAUUAGAGAAACCGACACCUAUAUGCAUUAGGUAGUGCGAUAUCCAGUAGAAUAGCAUUAUUUACCUUCUGGACCCAAACGUUCGAAGGCCGAUUACCGCUUUUUAACCCAGUUAAUUCUUUUUCUUUAAUUCAAAAGCCUUUUUUCAGAUAAUUUUCUCUAUUCUUUUAAGAGUAUCCUAUCAUCAAAUUGUAGACAAAAAGAAUUAAACUGAAUCUGCUUUUUGCUCUCUCAUAUAUGAAUUCCAAAUUUUGCACUAACCCUGAGUUAUGUUAACUGCUGACCUCCGGAACAACCCAGUCUGAACUACUGGGGCUGAAGGCCUUUUUCUUCUACAGUCUGUCUAAUAAAAUCUCCAAACUGGACAUUUUCUUGUGUUUACUUUAUGUGGGCGAUGCUUCAAUUUCUAAUAUUGUACAGUAACCUGAGAAUGCGUAUAAUGCUAGAAAAGGAGGAAUCUACUUUAAGACCACGAGUGUGAAACCAGUGGUUUACUGAUACACUGUACCUUUAUGUUAACUCAUGGGAUCUUAACUGCCAUUCCUACGUCACAUUUCUCCAGCCUUCAGUGAACAUCCCCUCCGUCACAGAGUGCUGGAAUCACCAUUGCAGGCAUGGCAACCGCGAAGUAUAUUUCCGGGGUACCCCUAUCCCCGCAGUUCUGGCAUUUCUUCAGCUGCUCUCCCUCCUGUUUUCUCUGGAUAUCUUCCCCUGCGUGGAAUGCAGAAUCCACCACAACAGAGACUUUAG